ACCACUGAACAGUGGUACUAACGCUAUCAGGCUGACAUGGCUGUUCUGAGUAAAAUACCUCACAACUGCUACGAAAUUGGUCACACCUGGAACCCGUCGUGUGUUCGGUCCGCUGUGGAUGUAACCUUGGGGGCUCUGGAGGUGUCUCUCAAAAUAUACGUCCCUCUUUAUCUGAUAGCAGCGGUUUUAAGGAGACGGAAGAAGGAUUACUACCUAAAAAGGCUUCUCCCUGAGAUCCUGCAGUCUACCUCUUUUCUCACAGCAAAUGGAGGUCUCUACAUUGUGUUCUUCUGCAUUCUUCGGAAAUUAUUGGGAGGAUUCUACUCCUGGUCUGGUGGCUUUGGGUCUGCACUGCCUGCCUCUUAUUUUGCCAUCCUCCUUGAGCGCAAGAGCAGGAGAGGGCUGCUGACGAUAUACAUGACAAACCUGGCCACUGAGACACUGUUCCGAAUGGGAGUGACCCGAGGCUUUCUCAAACCCAUCAAACAUGGCGAGGUGUUCUUGUUCUGUAUAACUGCAUCACUCUUCAUGUUCUUUUUUCGGUGUAAGGAUGGGCUCAAAGGCUUCACAUUCUCUGGACUAAAGUUUGUCAUUGGGAAGGAGGAGAUACCCACUCACUCUGCUGUGACAGAGCAGGAGUACCCACAGGUCCAUGCAAGGACCACAGCUGUAGAAAGCCAGGAGUUGCAGGUCUCUAGGAGGAAAAGACUGAUUGAUUUCACCAAGAAACUGCUGGAAUCAGUAUGCAAGUUUGGUCCCAGACACAGAUGUUGUAAACAUUACGAGGACAACUGCAUAGCCUACUGCAUUAAAGGCUUUGUCAGGAUGUUCAGCGUGGGCUACAUGAUUCAGUGUUGUCUUAAAGUUCCAUCAGCUUUCAGGCAGAUGUUCUCCAAACCAUCACUGCUGCCCUCACUCUUCUAUAAUAAAGAGAACUUCCAGCUGGGUGCCUUCCUUGGCUCUUUCGUCAGCAUUUACAAGGGAACCAGCUGCUUCCUGCGCUGGUUACGAGACCUUGAUGAUGAACUCCAUGCACUGAUAGCUGGUUUCCUGGCUGGUAUGUCAAUGUUCUUCUACAAAAGCACGACUAUAUCCAUGUAUCUCUUCUCUAAGCUGGUGGAGACCAUGUACUUCAAGGGAAUUGAGGCUGGUCAGUUGCCUUACUUUCCGCAUGCAGAUACAAUUAUAUAUGCCAUCUCAACUGCUAUUUGUUUCCAAGCUGCUGUGAUGGAAGUGCAUAAUCUCAGGCCAUCAUACUGGAAGUUCUUGUUAAGAUUAACUAAGGGCAGGUUUGCUCUGAUGAAUCGACAAUUGCUAGAUGUGUUUGGAACAGAGGCCUCCAGGGACUUUAAAGUCUUUGUGCCCAAACUGGACCCUUGUUGCACCAUGCUUGACGGUAACAUAGUGCUUCGACCAGAAACUGAUAUUCAGCUCAGUUGAAUUGGGUCAGGUCUGUUGGAGGGACUUAACCAUGACCUCAGUGGGACAUGGACAGGUUGGCUGCUCUUCUGGAGUGACUUAAGGUUUUUUUUUAAAUAUGAUAACGCGGAGGUGUUGAUGUGGUUUAAUGAAAUAAGAUGUCCGCAGGUAGUAACAGACAAGAUCUGUCCAAAACAAAGCUGCCUUGAAUGUAAAAUAUGUGGAGAUCAUUGUGCACACAUAUUGGUAUUGUAUUGAUACAGGUCAUGGCAAGACAACUGAAAUAUCUAUUGUGGCAAAACUAAGAUUGUCUGAAGGUGAGUUACAACUUUAAACUUAAACUAUUGUGUUGAUAAUAAUAAAGCCAUUUGAUUGUGGCUUUAACAAAGUGUACAAGAAACCCGUCACAGUAGUCAUGGGAUCAUUUCAUUUAAAUCACAAUAAACAGGUGUUUCUUCCAGUUUUAGACAAGAACACAUUCCAGUUGUAAUUCUGGCAACGUUAUCAGAUUUUGCACAGUGUAGAUUGUGGACACAAUUUGAGUACAGUGGAUAAUGAUUAACACUUUCAGAAUUGCUCAGGGAUGGUUGUUGGCCCAAUCUGAACUACUGUGUUCAGUUCCUGUUGACACUCUUCCCAAAGAAAACCGCUCUCAUCUGGUUAUGUCCUAAAACAGCAAACUA